AUUUAAUAUGAGACUCAGCAUGCCAGCGUUUAGGGUUUAUGUUGAAGUACGAUGUAAACGCUUCAUAAUAUCAGAUAUCCACACACCGAUUUACCUGAAUUAAGGUCUAAUCCAUAGAGCUGGCCUAUCCCUGUCACAGUGUCACCCAGCCAGCACUGGAUAACAAGGACCCACAAUGUUCAGCACAAAAAGGUUAAAGAAAAAGUCACAGUCUGUGGACAUCCCUGAUGAAGGUUACGCUGGUUCUCUCCUCAAAAACCCACUGGCAUCACCCAUCAUACCAUCUGUGCCCAGACCACCCAUAACUGAAGAUCAGGAAAUCAACACCACUAACAUCCAGAAAGCUCGCGGUCCUCGACGUGGAGAACUCAAGCGAGGGUAUACCAUAGACACCGGUCAGAAAAAAAACACGCUAAAAGAUGUUCGGCGGAUAUCCUUUCAGAGGCCCAAAGGCACCAUGGAGUACGUGGUGGAGUCACGGGACACCCUCAACAGCAUUGCGCUGAAGUUUGACACCACCCCUAAUGAGCUCGUACAGCUCAAUAAGCUCUUCUCUCGUGCUGUGGUUACUGGCAAGGUGCUGUAUGUUCCUGAUCCGGAAUAUGUCUCCAGUGCCGACAGUUCCCCAUCCCUCAGUCCCAUCAGCCCCCUCUCCCCCACCUCUUCUGAAGCCGAUCUGGAGAAAGCCACCACAGAUUCACAUAAUGCCCACCGGAGACAAAGCACUCCAGGGUCGGGUCACGGACCCCCGCGACAGGCCAGAGUGGUAUCAUCCACGUCAGAGGAGGAAGAGGCACUUACAGAAAAGUUUCUUAAAAUGAACUGCACAUACAUCACAGAUGGCAAGGGUGUAGUCAGUGGUGUGCUUCUUGUCACCCCAAACAACAUCAUGUUUGACCCUCACAAGUCAGACCGGCUGGUUCAGGAGCGAGGAUGUGAGGAGUACGGCAUCAUGUGCCCUCUGGAGGAGGUGCAGUCUGCAGCCAUGUGCAGGGAGAUCACAGACAUCAGGGUUAGAGAGCUUGUGCCGCUAGAUUUGGAGCUGGAGCCAUCCAUACCUGAGGUAAGCCACUUCAAGAGGGCACCUCGGCUAAACGCGACCAAUGCCGCACAUCGAUUUCGUGAGACGGGAAACGACAGCGCCAGUACGGCUCCUCGUAGCACAGAAGCUUCACUGUCCGAAGACGUUUUCACAGAGUCUGAACUUUCACCCGUUCGCGACGAUGCCGUCGCGACGUCCUCCGAUGACCUGCUGCAGAUAAAAUCCUCUGGAGCAUCUACUGAAUCGGUGCAAACCAUCAACCAGCCUGCCACACCCAUGGGAGAGCCUUUACUGACUGACACAAAGGAUCUUAAAGAAGUGCCACAAAAUGCAGAAAUGGAGGAGAUUGUGUUGAGGGACAGUGGUUUUGAACAGAGUCUGAAUACGACUGAUUUUUCCAGAGAGGUGCUUUCAGGGAACGUUCUGGAAAGCGUAGCAGAGGACCAGGCUGUGAACGAGGCCAAAUCACGCACCACCUCCGAAUCCCUUUGUUCAGACACCGUAGCAGCCGAAGAUUCGACGAAAGCCAUUGAGGCGACCACAAAAGAUUGUGCUUGGAAAGCGGCCGUUGAAAAGAAAGAAGGGGAACAAGGAUCAUCCAAUGAGAUCUCACCAUCCAGUGAUCUUGGAGCAAAUGAAAAACAAAGUACAGAUGAAGUUGCGUCGGGGUCCAAGCAGAAGUCCAAGUCGCAUAAGUUCCUGUGUCUGCGGGUUGGCAGGGCCAUGCGGAAGACUUUUGUGUCCCACGCCAGUGCGUCCAUGCAGCAGUACGCCCAGCGAGACAGGAAACACGAGUACUGGUUCGCUGUUCCAUCUGAAAGAUCAGACCACCUUUAUGCAUUCUUUGUCCAGUGGACCCCUGACGUGUAUGGGGAAGAUUUGGGGGGAGUGACCCGGGACCCCGGGUUUGUAGUGGUGAAAAAGAAUCAGGAAUCUGAGAGUGGGCAGUUGGACAAACCAGCACCUGAUAUCACCUUCAAAGACUGGGAGGUAGUGUCUGUCUCAGAGUACUAUCGACGGAUAGAUGCAUUAAAAAGUGAGGACCUGCGCUCGCUCUGCAAACGCCUUCAGAUCACGACUAAAGAGGAGGUGAACUCCAAACAUAUGGUUAAGGCUGACCCAGAACCAGAGACAUUCAAGCCUAAUCUGAAUGAACCCAGUGUCCUGCUGCAGCCAGACCAGAUUGAAAAGUUGUCCAAGCACCUGCCCCCCAGGACGAUCGGCUAUCCUUGGUCUUUAGCAUUCAGCACAUCAAACCACGGCAUGAGUAUCAAGAGCUUAUACCGGGCCAUGCAAGGCCAGGAGUCUCCGGUUCUCAUGGUCGUCAAAGACAGUGAUGGACAGUUGUUUGGAGCUCUUGCUUCAGAGCCAUUGAAAGUCAGUGAUAGCUUUUACGGUACUGGAGAGACGUUCCUCUUCACCUUUUGUCCAGACUUUGAGGUUUUCAAGUGGACUGGUGACAACUUAUUCUUUAUGAAAGGAGAUCCAGACUCCUUAGCUUUCGGUGGUGGAGGGGGUGAAUUUGGCUUAUGGUUAGAUGGAGACCUUUAUCACGGCCGAACUAACUCGUGUAAGACCUUUGGGAAUCCAAUGCUGUCUAAAACAGAAGACUUCUAUGUGCAGGACAUUGAGAUCUGGGCUUUUGAAUAACACCCUGAAACAUUGACCCGUCACAAACUAAAUAAUACAAAGAGCAAACCCCUACAAGUCCAGAUUGCACACCCGUGUCUUUGCUCCUAGGAAGCCCAGUGAUUCAGUGCACAUCAUCCUUUAUUUCCAAAGUUGCCGAGGUCAAUCUCAGUGAAUGGUUGGUUUGGCUUAUACCCAGGUGGUUUGAGUUCACCAACUUUAACCCAUUUGCUGCCAAUCUUGAGGAUAAUGAAGGUUGUCGAUGGACAUUCCAGAAUGUACAAAAAAAUGUAGCUUAUAAAAUUUGGGGUUUGAAGAUCUGCGUGUGCUAUACUGUACAAUCCUACUACCUUCUAUUUUCCUGUAGCAAAUUAUAUCUAACCUCAAUAGCCCUGUCUCGCACAGGCUUUGUAUAAUCACUACUUAAUGUAAUAUUUAAUACUGUAUUACUGCACUGUAAAAAAAUGCAGCAUUUUUGUUACUUUAACUUAGAAAACAUUAAAUUUUUUAACUUAAUUUUUUAAGUUAGGUCAAAGCUUAAAAUAAUAGGUUGAAUUGAUUUGCAGAAUCAAGUUGUUUUAACUUCAUGCUGCAUUUUUUUACAGUUUGUAAAAAUGUAAAGUAAAAUGAAAUUUUACUGUGUGGUGCCCUUAUAUCAAUAACCUCCUUUAAUUUCUUCUGUCUUGGUGGUGUUUAGUCAAAGCAGGAGAAACGUACGAGUAACGGCGGGGCAUCUGAAGGAGUAAAUAUACAUAUAUAAAUACAUAUAGCAAUUAUAUAUUUAUAUCUUUAUUAGUGUACUGUGUACAUAACUACCACACAUAUCUGUUAUGUGUGACAGUGAUGUGAUUUGCGCUACUGUCCUUAUAUAGUAUAACCUAUAUUGUACAUUUUCUGUAAAGUUGCUCCAAUAAAUUUCUAUAUGCAUAAAA